AUGCGGGUUCAAGCAGAAUCAUUUCACCUUAACGAUAGCAAUCCAGUGAGCUUAGCCGAUAAAUGCGUAGAUGUCCUGGUGAACAAUCUAAGGGUGAUCACUUAUUACAAUGUCGCAACUCGGACAUACUCAUUGCGCAGAGGCAUUAGACUACCAGCACCAGUAUGCGAUAAACUGCUGGAGGAAUACCAAAAUAGAUUCACCCUUACCGAUGGUUUUGCAAACCUUUUUCAAGAUAGUAAACGCACAAAACUGACAAUAGUAAAGCUGAGAAACACCCAAAUCACUCAUAUAGGGCUUGAGUGCCUGCUUGCCCACAAACCACUUGUGGUGGAAUUGGUUGAGUGUAAUGUUAUCAUAUAUGCACUUAGAAAUGUAAUCCACAAGUUUGGUGGAAACAUAGUUAAUCUAAAUAUAGGGCAGUUAUCACAUCUUAACAGCCAAACCCUUGCCCAUAUGUACAUUCCCAAUGAAAACCAAACAGUAUUUAAGAACCUACGUCGCUUAACUAUGCAUUAUUUGAAUAUUGAUGUCAUGCCAUCGACGCUCAUGACAUCACUCGAGAAUCUGACACAUUUGGAUUUAGCCCACGUUGCUCAAGGAAUAUCACAGUUUGGACAUCUGAGAAGCCUACAGUCGUUGGUUUUACACAAUAUUCAGUAUACUGAAGAAAACAUCACUUGGAUCUGUCAGCAGCAGAAUUUAAUUCAUCUAGAUAUAUCACACGACUACACCAACUUUGAGAGUUUCUUGGAUCCAAACAAAACACUGCACAUGUUGGUGCGUCACCUGAAGAAGCUUAUGUCCUUGGAUAUAUCUGGCUCAAAUUUAGCUGGAGCUGGAGCAGGAACAGCUACAAUUGUUGAAGAUGGUGAUUCAAAUCAAAUAGUACAUACAUGUGAUAUACCUGGUUUAGUCACCCGUGUUGGCCUGCCUUUGGAGUUCCUGGGUUUAUAUGGAACUGCUAAUGCUGCAUGCAGACGCCAUGACAUCCCUGCUAUAAUUAUUUCUGGUGAUAAGGAUGAGGCUCAAAUAUUGGCUGCUGCUAGAGCUUACUUUGGCCGUCCUACCAUAAUGACACGGGUUCUCAAUGAUCUCUACCACCUGUUUCGUGAUGAGCGGGUCACCAAUAUUCAGCUCGCUUUGGGUGUCGUGCUCAAAGCUAUGGAAACAUAUUUGAGAGUAGUGCACAUACAAAUCUCUGGGAGUGCCAUACUGUUUUACAUUGUGAAAAGUGAUAAAAGAGCAUUGUUUGGCUUGAGACUGAAGCGUCGCAUCAUAACAAUACUCCUGAAUGCAAUGGAGGCACACAUUCGCAAUGAAACUUUGAUUAGGAAUGCAAGUCUUACUCUGUGCCAAUUCAAAAUGCCAGUGGAUGUGCUGUACGAGUACGAGCGCAUCGUUCAACUACUGCUUAUAGUGUCGGAGACCAGACACCAGUGGUUUGUGCAGCGUAUCGCGAUUUACUUGCUCAAUGCGCUCGCCUGUCAAGUGGAAGGGAGACAGAAGCAGUUCCUGGGAGACAAAGGAGCUAUAUCGAAAAUGCUGCACGUGAUCGCUGAGCGACUAGAGCGCCGUGUCUGCGACGAAGUGAUGGAGGUGGCCUGGUCCACCAUGUGGAACGUCACCGACGAAACCCCGCAGAACUGCCAGCGGUUCUUAGACAAUCGUGGAAUGCUCUUUUUCCGAGCUUGCUUGAAGUAUUUCCCCGACAACGUGGAGCUGGUGAGAAACAUGCUGGGCCUCAUCGGCAAUGUGGCUGAGGUGCCCUUUCUCCGCCCCCAACUCAUGUACACGGGUCUGCUUACCGUGUUCUACGAUCUAUUGAACUCUGAGAGUGACGGAAUCGAGGUUAGCUACAAUGCGGCUGGGGUCCUGGCACACUUGGCGUCCGACGGGCCCGCGGCCUGGACUGCGGCUUCGCCCUCGCGCGACGCUGUGCUCAAACGGAUCACCUCUGCGGUCAAGCGGUGGAAUCGAAAGGCGGAAAGGAACAUAAACUACCGUUUUCUUCUACGCAGCUCCUUCCAACCAAUCCUCACUCUACUGAAGACCUACCACACGCCGCAGUGCCAGCAUUGGGCCGCAUGGGCAUUGUCAAACCUCACUACCGUAUACCCCGAGAAGUACUGCAAGCUGGUGGAAAAGGAGCAGGGCAUCGAGAUCCUGAGCGAGGUGAUCAACCGGCCUGGCCUCUACGCUAUCAAGGAACUCGCGCGCAACGUGAUCGAGAACUGCGUGCAAUUCGCAGCGCGCGCUGAGCCGCCGGCCGCCGAAGUGCAGGACAAUUAA